AUGGUUGGAAAAACGUCGACUACUCCAGGUGGCAGCCACAGUUGUGGAAAUCCACCCAUGGUACAAGCCAUGGCAGGGGCACGGAUUCUGGAGGCCCCAACAACCGUCAUCACCACCACUACUGCACCGGUGGCAAACUUGGCCGAUGCAGCGGACAUAGCUACAAGCAGCAGCAGCAGCAGCAGCAAAAAGCACGGACUGUACACAAACGGAGGCAAUCCUUUCGCCAAAGGAAGCAAGAUCGCCAGGACACCACCGCAGGCUCUUCACUCGGACCCGCCAGCCAUUCAAGGAUUACUUGUCUCAGCUGGAUGCGAAGAAGAGACACCCAAACGGGCAAGGGAAGCAAGCCCUUGCAACACCGAAAGUGGAACCACACCGAAGAAACUAAAAGGACCGCCGCAGGCACCAAACAUUUUGAUGGCCGAACUGGGUAAGAUCUUAGACGAGAUCAUAGAUGGCUCGGUUAAUAAAAAGGCUCCCCCGACGCGCAACACAACCCAAUGGAUGAAGGAGGCACAUAUUAAGAUGAAAUCCAUUCACCUACAGGUAAUGGAGCAGAUGCAGGAAUAUCCGGUGAAGGCUGGACCAUGCCUUGCAUGCGCAACGCGCAAUUCUGCCGCCAAAACCAACAAAGAGGUUACGAAAAGGAAGGAUACCAGGACGGAAGACCCACCGACAGCCAAUAAGAAUGACAGGAGUAGGAAAAAGAAGUCGCCAAUCCAGGAGCUGACUCCAAGGACCCGAAGCCCCGCAGCAACAGCAGUAUCAUCAGGACCAGUAGUAGCUGAAACAACUCACGCAACGAACAUCGUUGGAGGGAAAUGGCACAAGGUGAAAAGCAAGCCGAGACCCAUUAAAAAGAAGAGGCCAGACGUCAUCAUGGUGAAGUGUAAAGACCCAGCCAAUUACGCGAUGGUACUGAAGUCAGUCCACACAGACGCCGGAAUCCAGCAGUUCAAGGAGAAUGUAUGUGCGAUUCGACGCACAGCACAGGAACUACUUUUACAGUUGACCAAGCCAGCAGACGAUGCAACUGUUAAACUGCAGCAGGCAGUGAAACAGGCACUUGGAGACACCGCUGAUGUCAAGGCGAUCAGCGAUAAGGCCAUGGUCGAAAUAAAAGAUCUCGCAGAAUUCCACACUGCAGAUGAUCUUCUGCUCGCCGUCCCGGAACUGAUCGACGAGGAUUUGCCCGCAGAAUGUCACCCAAAGAUGCGGAAAGCGUACAGCGGUACACAGACCGCAACAAUGAUGGUGAACCCGAAUCUGGCGAACAAGCUGCUGCAGACGGGCAAAAUACGAGUAGGCAUGUGCAUAUACCGAGUACGCCUGAAGACUGAGCCGAGACGGUGCUACAAGUGUCUGGACUUUGGGCACACAGCAGCUCGGUGCAGAAGCAAGCACGACGCAUCCAAGCUAUGCUUCAACUGCGGCAGCAAGGAUCACGCUUCAAAGCAGUGUGACCAGAAGGCAGCGUGCAUACUUUGCACACGACAUAAGCGGAGCAAUACGGCGCACAACACGCUCAGCAGAGCUUGCCCGUUGUCGGCACAGGACCUCUUAAAACAAACUGUACGGGACCUGAAAGUAGAUUUCUCAAUCUUGUGCGAGCCAUAUUCCCAUAUACAGGACCACAGCUGGACGCAAAACCACCGUUAUGGCGCGGCAAUUUGGAGCAACAGCAGGACACAUCUGGAGAAUCAGCACAGCGCGGACGGAUAUGUAAGGGCGAGGUACAAUGGAGUAUAUGUCUACAGCUGCUACAUAGCACCGAGCAAACACAUCGACGAAUUCUGCAGCAUACUGGAUGGAUUAGUGGAGGACGCCAGAACCCACACGCCAACCAUCAUAGCCGGCGACUUCAAUGCAUGGGCAACGGAAUGGGGUAGCCAAAGGACCACUAGAAGGGGCAGGGCCCUGCUGGACGCUUUUGCCACACUCAACAUCAGUCUGCUCAACGUAGGCAACACCCACACCUACAAUAAGGCUGGCAGAGGCUCCGUGAUCGACCUCACGUUUGCUAGCCCUUGCCUAGCCCGCAGCGCGCAGUGGGCAGUUUCGGAUAUCUACACGCACAGCGACCACUUCGCCAUUGUGUGCUCUAUCAAGAGUUGUCCACCUGCACACACACCAACGACGUUCUACAGCUGGGCCCCAAGCACGCUGAGCGAAGAAGCGUUAUUCACCAUGAUGACCCAAGUGACAAGGAGCAGCAGCACGGACGCGGACACCCAGGCCAACCACAUGGGCGACACUCUUCGCAGAGCAUGUGCUGCAGCCAUGAUACGCAAACGGCAUGGACUCAACAAAUGUAAGCCAGUACAUUGGUGGAAUGCCAGGAUUGCGGAUGCCAGGAGGCAAUGUCAUCAGGCCAGACGACGACAGCAACGUGCCCGCAGAAUGCCCACAUUUCCGGAGCUGCUUGCAGACUACAAACGGAAAAGAGCCAACCUAAAUAUGGAGAUCAAGAGAAGUAAAGCGGACUGCUGGAAGAAGCUGUGCGCAGAUGCGCAGCCACAUGGGACUGCCUAUAAACUGGUUAUGGGCAAACUCGCCAGGCGCAUAAUGCCAACGGAUCCAACCAAGUUGGGUCACAUUAUGUUGGUGAAGUCGUGGAAGCAGGGAAGAGGAUAA